GGCAGUCCGUGCGAAUAGAACAACGAACCUCGAACGCGAACAACGAUCGGCAACGCAUCCCUGAGUCUAGUGGCCGAAGGUAUCGAAUCAUUGAGAAACAUAAAACUGUGACCAGACCAUCAGUGAAAGGCAUCCCUCGUGGUUGUUGAUUUUGCCUUCCCUCCUGUGCACCCCAACGCCCUUGGCCACCCGCUGGUGGUGAAAUUUUCGUGUGAAAUUUUACCACUUCCCGUGAGCCCUCCAAACACGCGGCGAUAUCUCGGAUUUCGGUGCGCGGCUGAAAGGCGUUUCGAAGCAAAAUGGUUGUCCAGACGAGUGUUAAGACGAGACAUCUGUCCACGACCCGAGUCAGCAGCACUUAUCGGCAGCACAAGAGCACCAACAGCUUCAAGAGGCGCUACAAAGAUUCCUACCGCGUGAUGGGCGGAUUCGAGCAACGGCCCUGGACGCCGACAAAGCGGCGCGGCCCGAUCGCGGCCGAGCACCGUGGCCCCGGCCCACAGUAUCUGCUACCACAGCUUCUCGGUACGAAAGUGGUAGACUCCAAACGGCAAGCCGCACCCGCCUACAGCUUCGGGCAGCGUCAUAAAGCGCGCACGGAAUCGUUCAGCCCCGGCCCACUCUACAACAUCACGGGGCUCGGCUGCAAGGGCAAAGAUGCACCGCCGGCGUACUGUCUGCAGAGCCGCCCGAAGGAGAUACCGAAGUAUCUGACGCCCGCGCCGGGCGAGUACAACAUCGAAAAGUCGGACAAAAUGCUGGUCAAAUCGGCCCCGAAGUACACGUUCGGGGUGAAGAAACCGCCGAACCCGACCAGCCAGACGCCAGCGCCCGGUGACUAUAAACCAGAGAGGGUGGUACUAGAUAGUGCGCCCAAGUUUUCGUUCGGCAUCAAGCCCGAGAGUAAGCUGCGCAGUGACACUCCAGCUCCCGGUACAUACUCGCCGGAAAAGGUAUUAAAAGACAAAUCACCGAAGUACAGCUUCGGGCUGAAAGUGAUACCGGAGAAGCACGAGGAGACACCGGCUCCCGGCGCAUACGAACCGGAACGGGCCCUAGCGCUCGAUAGAAGGCCGGCGUACAGUUUCGGUUUGAAGACGAUCGCCGAAAAACCCAACAACACGCCGGCCCCGGGAGCGUACGAGCCGGAGAAGGUGAAGCUCACCAUGACACCGUCGUACAGCUUCGGCAUUCGACCGACAAUCGACAAACCGAACAGCAAUCCUGCACCGGGUGCAUACGAGCCCGAGAAGGCGCAGAAGUUCAUCGAUCACUCACCAGCAUUUGCAUUCGGCAUGCGCAUCAAUCACGAUAAACCGAGCUGCACGCCGGCCCCGUCCGCGUAUCAGGUGGAGAAGGUGAACCUAGAUCACCAGCCGGCGUACAGUUUUGGCAUACGCACGAACGUAGCGAAGCCGAACAUAACGCCGGCCCCGGGAGCGUACUCCCCUGAGAACGCGCAGCAGAACGACGGAGCGCCCAAGUACAGCUUCGGGCUCCGACCGACAAUCGACAAACCGGACGGUGUUCCGGCGCCCGGUGCCUACUCUCCCGAAAAGGCCAAAGUAGACAGCCCGGCGUACAGCUUCGGCGUGCGGGCCAAGCAGGACAAACCGAGUGCCAAUCCCGGCCCAGGGGCGUACGAUGCGGAAAAGGUGGUGGACGGGAAGUCACCGGCGUAUUCGUUUGGGUUGCGACCGGACGUGGGCAAGCCCAACGUUGGGCCAGGACCCGGAGCGUACAAUGCUGAUCGCGUGGAUAGCGGCAUGCCGUCAUACUCGUUCGGCGUGAAACACAGCCGAGACAAGGUACAAUCGAUCCCCGGGCCAGGAGCGUACGAUGCGGAUAAGGCUCACGACAAGGUGUCACUGGCGUACUCGUUCGGAGUGAAAACGAACCUACAGAAACCGAAUGUCGGUCCUGGACCGGGCGCAUAUGAUGCGACAAACGACCGAUCGGCUCCAGCUUAUUCGUUCGGUGUUAAGCAUAACCUUGAGAAGCCGAGCGCCAUUCCGGGGCCCGGUGCAUACGAUGCCGAAAAGGGGAACGAUAAGUUCUCUCCAUCGUACUCGUUUGGUGUGAAGACAAAUCAGGAAAAACCCAACGUCGUGCCAGGUCCUGGAGCGUAUGACUCUGAUAAAGUCGACAACUCGUCGCCGGCGUAUUCGUUCGGAGUGAAGACACACCACGAGAAGCCAAGCGCCAUCCCCGGACCGGGGGCAUACGAUUCGGACAAGGUGGUGGACAAAUCGUCUCCAGCUUACUCCUUCGGAGUGAGGACGAAUCGGGAGAAACCAAGUGCCAUUCCGGGGCCCGGAGCCUACGACUCGGACAAAGUUGUGGAUAAGUCUUCUCCCGCGUACUCGUUCGGGGUGAAACCGAAUCCCGGGAAGCCCAGUGCUAUUCCCGGACCGGGUGCGUACGAUUCAGACAAAGUGACUGAUAAGUUCUCCCCUGCGUAUUCGUUCGGUGUAAAGACGAACCUGGAGAAACCUAGCGCUAUACCCGGACCGGGAGCCUAUGACGCAGACAAAGCGGCCGACAAAAGCUCUCCGGCGUACUCCUUCGGAGUAAAGACAAAUCUGGAGAAACCUAGCGUUAUCCCCGGACCGGGUGCAUACGAUGCGGAUAAGGUUAACGACAAGAGCUCUCCCGCGUACACGUUCGGUGUGAAAACGAACGUAGAAAAGCCGAGCCUUAUUCCUGGACCCGGGGCUUACGAUAAUGAGAAGAUACACGAUUCCACCACGCCGGCGUACACGUUUGGGGUGAAGCCGCAAACGACGAAGGUGAACCCAACGCCAGCUCCCGGUGCCUACUCACCGGAGAAGUAUACCUACCACAACCCAGCCUAUACGUUCGGUGUUCGGCCGAACAUUGACAAAAUUGACGACAUACCCGCACCUGGGGCCUAUAAUCCGGAAGCGGCCAAGCUGGACUCCGGCGCUCCGGCGUACACGUUUGGCGUACGUCCGUGCAUCGAUAAGGUGGACUGCACCCCGGCCCCGGGAACCUACUCUGUGGAGAAGAUGAAGCUAGAUCAUGGCCCAUCCUACCCCUUCGGUAUCAAGGUGAACCGAGAGAAACCGAACGAAGUGCCAGCUCCCGGCACUUACAAUCCCGAUAAGGCUAAGAUCGUUCACGCUCCGGCGUACAGUUUUGGCAUUAAGCAUAAAGGUGAAACUCUCAAGGAUACCCCUGCUCCCUCGGCGUAUCAGCCGGAAAAGUGCAAAACCGACUGCUCGCCGGCCUACACGUUCGGCGUGAAGGUAAAUCACGAAACGAUCACUCACGAUGGCCCAGUCAACGCAGUGACAACAACCGUAACGAAUGGUGACUCAUCGGUUGCUUCCAACGCGAUGGUGGUCAGCAAUGGCGGUUCUUCGACCGUCAGCAGCAGCAACACCGUCACCACAAGGACCGGUUCGGUGCAGAACGGAAGUGAUGGUCAGAGUACGGUGACGACCAAGACGAUCACCACGACGCAGACGUCCGGUGGAAGCAUGAAGGUGAUCCGUGAGCGGAAGACCACCACCGAGGAGCGUGCUUCGGCUUCCGUUGAAACGGUCGGUGACGGACUGGUGCCAAACUGCAUCGCCGGUGUGAAGCAGUUGGCCAACGUGCAGCACCAGCGCAUGGUGUGCACGGGCCACUUCCGUGCCUAG